AUGACCGCCAGCGAAAAUGGGCAUUUAUUCGUUCUUGUGCACGGUCUUUGGGGAAGUCCGUCUCACAUGCUGACCAUUGAGAAAGCGUUGAAGCAACUGCUUCCCGACGUCUCCAAGGAACGUAUAGUGACCCUUAAACCGCUGUCAAAUCGGUUUUGGAAAACAUACGAUGGCAUAGCUCGUUGUGCUGAAAAAGUUAUAGCAGAAAUUUUGUACGAGAUCGAAACUCUUAAACAGAAUGAUGACUGUAAAGUGGUGAAAAUCAGUAUUAUUGGAUACUCUUUAGGAGGAUUGAUUUCUCGUUAUGUUGUUGGCAAGCUUUUUGACAUCGGAUUUUUUGAUGAUGUUCAGCCCGUCAUUUUUUGUACAUUUGCAACUCCUCAUGUUGGCGUUCACUUCUUUAGAGACAAUUUGUUCGACAAAACUGCUAACGCUGUUGGAAAGUUUAUUUUGGGCCUCACAGGCUUCGAGUUGUUUUUGCGUGAUCACAAGAAGUUAUUAGUGAAGAUGAGUCUUCCAAACUCCUCAUUUUACAAAGGACUAGCCUGCUUUCAGAAGCGAUUGUUGUUGGCCAAUAUAAGGAAUGACAGAAGCGUGGCUUUCUAUACGAGUUACAUCACUUCCCAUUCUCCGUUCGAUGAGUGGAGCACUUUAAAAGUUAAAUACUUAAAGUACUUACCGCCAUCGAAAAUUGCUGGAGUUGUCGUAAGACCGAAGUUUGUCGACUUGGAAAGAUCUUAUCGGGUCGAUCCUUCUCGUGAAGCUCCUAUAAACAUUCAGGAGGCCACCUCCUUGCUUCGCCGUAACAAAGUUUUGCGGUAUUCAUUCAUUUUUGUGUUGGCUUCUAUCAUCAUUCCAUUUUAUAUCCCUUUGAUCUUGUGUCUUUCACUGUAUGUAUCGGGCUACAGCAUUUUGAAGGUUAAGUUACUGCCAUCUCCUAACAUCGUCCGUCACUGGAAAGAGGUUAGGAGAGCGAUUUUUGAAGGUGGAGAAGUCAACUUAAAGCAUGCUCAACAUGGAGAAGAGAACAGGAUACAUCGUCAUGAGUUGUCAAAGCAUGAUACUUUCAAAGGAGACACUUCUUCUUUCACUGAGCAUGGUAUGGAAAAUGUUCUUUAUGCUAAGAGCCGCAUCUAUAAUAGGGGAUCGUCCAUCGAAAAUGACUAUCAAAGUACCGAACAGAAGGAGGAUGGGAUGGAGUCACCGGUGGAGGCAUUAGGUGACGAGUCAGAGGGGGUCAACUUAAUAAAAGCUACAUGUACUGCGGAGCAAAGAGCUUCAAUCUUGUCCUCGUUGAUCAGACGAAAGACUCUCAUCGAUGUCGACAUUGAGGUGAAUGCUUCGAUCAUGAAGAAUCACGCAGACAAGUUAUCUGUUAAAGACCACACUAGAUUCCCCCUUUUUACUGAUGACACUAAACUAGCGAUUUCGGAGGAUCAAGCUACCAUAAUCGACAACUUAAACACACUUUCUUGGGAAAAAAUCGCAGUGUAUCAUGAUCUGUUCAAUGCACACGAUGGGAUUGUCGCCAGAAGAGGGGCAAAAUGGAACCCCAAAGGGGCAUCUACGAUAUAUCUCUGGGCCUCCAUCCUACGCAAUCACCUUAAAACAGGAGAAAGCUAUUCUCAUAGCAAACACGAAGGGAGACACUAUAAGAAUUCGAAUAGAGAUGAACAAUGGCAAAAGUUUGGCCUAGCUGUUGCCAUCUCUGGAUCCAUAGCUGCUUCGUCUAGUCUGUUGAUAAAGAACGAGGUGUAUCCUGUCGAUACAUCCAUACAUCGACUUCAGCCAGUGGAAACAGAGGACACAUUCGAAAAUGGUCUAUAUGCUGCCUCUCAGAAAGAAGAGAAGGAUCUUUUUGAUGCUUAUAGAAGAGAGAAAACGACAAAGGGAAACGCAAUUGUUAGAUCAUACUAUCAUAUUCUGUUUUUUGUCAUCGACUACUUAAUAGACCCGACUAAAACUAUCAUUAGAUUUGUUGAGCUUACAACAAUAUUUAUGCCCGUGCUUCUUUCUUCACCAAUGUGCUGGUUUGGAAAGAAAGACCGAAAGACUGGAGAGCAUGUUCGCAGUGGAGCGAAGCUUUGGUUUAGGUAUUUGAGGUGGGCAUCUGAAGUUGCGGGCGCCUCAUUUAUAAAGUUGGGUCAAUGGGCUGCCUCCAGGACAGACAUCUUUCCCAAGGAGAUGUGUGAGGAACUUUCGAAUUUGCAUUCAAAUGCAAAGCCACACUCAUUAGCAGAGACAAAAAAAAUUUUGAGCAAAAGCUUUGGUAUGCCGUUUGAGGAGAUUUUCGAAGAGUUCAACGAGAAACCCCUAGGUGCCGGUGCAAUUGCGCAAGUGUACCUAGCAAAGCUAUCUGACAAGGCAAUUCAAAGAGCGAAAAAGGAAAACGAUACCACUGUCCAAUUGUCACUUGAUCCCUCUGCUCAAGAACAUCGUCAAUUUCUUGACAAGGUGAUCGUCACUGAACCAAGUAGCUUUAUCACCAAGAAACAAGAAGUUGCCAUAAAGGUGUUGCAUCCGAAUGUGGAAGUGAAAAUCAACAGAGAUUUGAAAAUCAUGAGUUUUUUUGCCGCUGUCGUCAAUGCUAUACCAACCAUGGAAUGGCUCUCGUUGCCCGAUGAAGUUGAGCAAUUCUCCAUUUUAAUGAGACUUCAGUUAGACUUGCGAAUUGAAGCGCUCAAUCUCGCCAAAUUUAGACACAACUUCAAAAAUCGUCUCGAUAUUCAUUUCCCAAAGCCGUUUUUGAACUUCAGCACCAGAGACGUCCUCGUUGAAGAGUACAUCGAAGCUAUCCCAUUGAGUAAGAUGCUUGAUCUCAAGGAAAACUUUGGAAGAAAUGUUUCAAAGGAAAUAAGUGACAAGGGUCUUGAUGCAUUUUUGCAAAUGUUGAUUUUGGACAACUUCGUUCAUGCUGAUCUUCAUCCCGGAAACAUGCUCGUCAGAUUUUAUAAAAACAAGCUCUACAGGCAUGAGAAGGAAUAUAAGAUCAUCAAGACAAGUAACGAGGAGGAGACAAACAGGAUUACGCAAGAGUUGCUUGCUCUAGGUAAUGACCACAAAGCUUGGUGCGACCGCCUUUCCGAACUUUAUGACUCUGGAUAUCAUGCCGAAAUUUGUUUUCUUGAUGUCGGGCUUAUAACCGAAUUGAACCACACCGACAGAGUCAACUUCAUCGAUUUGUUUAAAGCUUUGUCCGAAUUUAACGGUUAUCUCGCGGGCGAGUUAAUGGUAGAGCGCUCAAGAACACCAGAAACAGCCAUAAAUAAGGAGAUUUUUGCCCUCAAGGUGGAGAAAUUAGUUGAUCGCAUGAAACAAAGAACAUUUGCAUUGGGAAACAUCAGUAUCGGUGACCUUCUUGACCAGGUGUUGGGAAUGGUUCGCUCUCACCAUGUGAGAAUGGAAGGAGACUUUAUUACUGUUAUUGUGGCGAUUUUACUUUUAGAAGGCAUUGGAAGACAACUCGAUCCUCAGCUAGAUUUAUUUGCAAGUUCAUUGCCUGUUCUCAGAAAAUUGGGAGUUUCGAAAGAAGGCAGAGAAAUAAUGAAGGACGAAGACAGCAUGAGUAUGGUGAAGGUUUGGCUUGCACUUGAAGUUAGACAAUUUAUCCACGCUUCCAUUCAAGACAUUCAUGCACUUGUUAAGGCUGACAUGCUCUCUCCGAAUAUAUAA